AUGGGCCAUCAUUGGCACGCUCCACACAGCAUCUGUUCUUCUCUUGGAAAAGAAGAUCCUCAAGCUCCCAAGUUCUACAUCCUUCGCCCAGCGAUCGCGUGCCCCUCUUUCACCACCAAAACCCUGUAUGGUCUUCACCUGAGUCGCUGGGAUUUCGGCCCGGACAACCAGGGCCUUCUGCCUCCACUCACCAAGCGAGACCUGAUCUUGAGGCUCCUGAUUGCACGAGUUUCGCUUUUUCCUUUCAAAUUACGUCGUAUGCUGGGCAGAGACUACCCUGGAAAGGAGGCUGAAUCUGGCCGGGCGAGCCAAAUCCUCGGGUCACGUUACACAGGCUAUGUCGCGAAUGAUCGUAACCGUUUGCGAUCCGCGUUCGCCAUGAGCACCAAGAGCAAAACGUCGCUAGACGACGGCGACGACGACGUCGUCCGUAAGACAUUCUCGAGCACCUGCAGGAUGCCUACAGCAGCAAAAUUUCUGGGAUAUCGCCCGUUUCCUCCAGUCAUGAACCUCUACGGCAAUUCCUCUGGGGGCGUCAUUGGCGCACUGACUACAUAUAAGCUGUGCGGUGCGGAUAAGAACGAUUUCUUAUACGUUGUCGAGGUACACCAUGGCUUUACCCCUAGAGGACCGCUCAACUUCAGGCCGGGCUUCUACCUGCGGAACGGGACGGGAACCGAGGCCCCAAUCCUGGCGGCCGCCGGCGACGAAGAGCGAGAACCCCUUCUGAUGUCAACCUUUAGCGUGAAAAGUCUCAUUAUGGUGCCGCCACCGUUAGACGAAGACGACGUCGAGUUCAACUUGAACCCUCGUGACUUGGUCACCGAGAUUAUGUACGCUACAAAGACCAGCGACGGUAGUGUCUCGUUCCGCUUCUCGGUCGAGGUCGGCCCUAAGAUGAAAAUCCGGGAGGAAUUCGAAUGGAGGAAGACCCGGAAGGGCGAAACCAACACCCAACAGAACACCCGGUACAUUCUCACUCGCCUCCCAUCCUCAUCUUCCACGUCAUUUCCCUCACCGUCUCCUUCUUCUUCUUCUUCACCUUCAUCAUCAUCUUCAUCGGCACAAGAGGAGAGCGAUAUACUUGCUGAUCUUACGUUUCGCAAUGCGAUUUCCGUGAAUCACUUAUUCACAUUGGAGUUGAAGGGGGCUGCUUGUUCAGGAGUAAUGGGUGAUCGUUGGACUCUUAUGGUUGUUACUACCGCGCUCAGACUUUACUGGCUACGCGUCUAUGGCAAAACGAAUAAGGCUAUCGUAGGAAUUGGUCAGAAACUUCGGGGCAAAUAG